AUGGAUCACAAAUGGAUCAACGUUCAGGAGAAGACCUUCACAAAAUGGCUCAAUACAAAGAUCCAGCAGAGGGAGGUGGUUGUCAAGGACCUUGUAAAAGAUCUGAGUGAUGGUGUCGUCCUAAUCCACCUGCUCGAAUGCCUUUCGCAAGAAUCGCUGGGGCGCUAUGCGUCGAAACCGAAGCUCCGUGUACAGAAGUUCGAGAAUGCAAACACAGCACUUCAAUUCGUCAAGUCCAGGGGAAUCCAGAUGACCAACAUUGGCGCCGAAGAUGUGGUCGACGGCAACCGGAAGAUCAUCCUUGGUCUCAUCUGGACGCUCAUUUUGCGCUUCACCAUCAGCGACAUCAACGAGGAGGGCAUGACUGCGAAGGAAGGCUUGCUUCUUUGGUGUCAACGCAAGACGGCAUGUUACGAGGAGGUCGAGGUUCGCGACUUCAGCAGCAGCUGGAACGAUGGCCUCGCUUUUUGUGCGCUGCUUGACAUCCACAGACCAGACCUCAUCGACUACGAUGCUCUGGACAAGAGCGACCACCGAGGAAACAUGCAGCUCGCCUUCGAUAUCGCACACAAGGAGAUUGGCAUUCCGGAUCUUCUCGAUGUGGAGGACGUCUGCGAUGUCGCCAAGCCCGAUGAGCGAAGUUUGAUGACAUAUAUCGCUUACUGGUUCCAUGCCUUCUCACAAAUGGAGAAGGUUGAGAAUGCUGGAAGGCGUGUGGAGAAAUUCGUGAACAACAUGCAAGGCGCGUGGGAAAUGCAGAGCGCGUACGAGCGGAGAAUGGCUGCUCUGCUGGCCCAAAUCAGAGAUCAGAUCGAUAGCUGGUCCGAAGCGGAGUUCGAAGGAACUUAUGCCGAUGCCAAGCAACAAGCCGCGGAGUUCGCCACACACAAGAGAGGCAAGAAGAGAGAAUGGGUCGCUGAGAAGAGUGAGCUGGCGACGCUGCUCGGCAACAUCAAGACAAAGCUGGGCACUUACCGCCUCAGAGCAUACGAGCCCCCGGCCGAGCUCGGCCUGGAGACCUUGGAAAGGGAGUGGUCGACGUUGACAAGUUCGGAGAUGAAGCAUGGCCAACUGAUCAACGAGACUAUUAGAGAUAUCAAAAACGCUCUGCGCAAGUCUUUUGCCGACAAGGCAAAUGAUUUCGCCCUUGCGCUGAACACUAUGCAAGUGGCCAUCUCUGGACUUGAGGGCGACGUAGAGGAUCAGCUCCUGCAUGUUCGCAGGCUUAGGGACAAUCUACCACCUCUUGAUGCCUACCUGGAGAAGAUCCGGGCAACAGACGAAAAGUGCCAAGAAGCCAACAUUGAGGAGAACGACUUCACAACGUACACGUACGACGAGCUCACAUACGAGCUUGGCCUUGUCAAGUCGUCAGUACAAAAGAAGCUCGUCUUCCUCGAGAACCAGAUGGUUGCACGAGACAUGACGAACCUCACUCCCAUCCAGUUGGAAGAGUUUGAAUCGGUCUUCCGUCACUUCGACCGGGACGACUCGAACUCGCUCUCGGAGCUCGAGUUCUCUGCCGCGCUUGCAUCUCUCGGUCUUGUCUUCAGCGAAGACGAGAUGCAUGAAUACUUCGAGGAGACCUCGCAUGGCCGGGACCGCGUCACGUUCGAGCAGUUCAUCCGCUUCAUGGUCAGUGUCACGGAAGACCAGAACACCGCCGAACAAGUGUUUCAGUCAUUCCGUGAAGUGGCGGAUGGCAAGCCUUACGUCACCGAGAUGGAUCUCCGUCACUCCCUUGUACCUGAUGAGGUCAUCGAAAAGCUCAUUGAGAUCGUGCCGCCGCACAGCGGUCCGGACAUGCAGCAGGACCGUGGCCAGCCCCAGUACGAUUACAUUUCCUUCAUGGAAAAACUCAUGGGUGGCGGUGAAGCACUGCAAGACUUAAGUAACGGGCGGUCCAGCCCAACCAAGAAGGUCAACGGACACCACUGA